AUGGAGAUCUCAUCUCGUAGAUCAGUCGUUGAAACCAAAGCUGCAACCAUGAUCAGGAAACUAGCCCUUCUUUGCCUCAUGGCACCAGUCUUCCUUGAUGCAGCCCGUCAGGUUGGCUUCAGAUAUAAAUUUGAACUCUCCAUAUUUGGAUUUGGAACUUCAAAUUUCAUCGACGGCCUACGCAGUAACACCAGUGCCUUAGCCAAGGGCUGGGUGAAUGUGGAGAGACCCUACAGUCCUGACGGAUAUGAAGCCCUGCAGCUGUGGUGCCCCGCAGACGACUACGUGAUCUGUAUUCUUACUGACGAAACUGGAUACACUGCUGGUUUGCAGAUCUCGAUUCCAUCUAACAAAUUCACCCCUGCAUUGGAUAUGGCGGUACUUGGUUUCCAAAACUGGUCGGCCGACGUUGAUGGAGAGACCAUCGAGUACUACACCAAGGCGCAAUACUUCGUGUCUGCUGAUGCUGCCACCCGUAUCGCUUACGCAAACCCUGAUAAGGCACUGAUCAGGAAUGACUACGUCGCGGUAGAAGGUUUCAAUGGUGAGCUGGUGAAGAUUGCCGCGUCUCUCAGCAACCUAGACAGCAUCUUCACUAAACAAGCCUGCAUCCCUUGGAUGGGUCUCCACUACUACUACGACAUGAGCAGUUCCCUUGAAUGCAGUGCCUCCACCAUUCUGACUUGGUUCCCCUUGUACGAGAAUGAUGCGCUUGUUGGUAUGGGUUUCCUGGUUCCUGGUACUUUGACAGUAGCUUCAGGAGAAGUGGACCACUUUGAACACCCGAAGAAAAGUGAUGUUGAGAUGAUCGUGAACUCUGGUCCUCAGUGCUUGUACGACAUCGUAGGCAACAGCAGUGUCAUCACCUUGCAUUCAUACUUCAUCGAAACUCCUCGUCAACUACUUUGUCUGUAA